AUGUCCAACCUCGAAGAAACCGAAGCCAGACAAAGGGCCUCUGCCCUCCGGCGAAAGCAAGCCCAUGUUCGCGACAUGCUCACUAGAGGCACCCUCUUCAUCGUGCUCUACCUCCGGUCUGAUCCUCCGGUCCCCAACGACUUCCACUGGGCACUCUACCUACACGCCGAUAAUCCAGGUGGCUAUCAGUACCAUGUGCGAGGUACGAAUGGCAUUUGGGAGCCUGCCCAUGAGUUCACUCACAAUAUCAUGUCGGGACAUAAUCUCUGCGUGUUGAUUGAAAUUGCCACCAUUCGUCAGGACGAAGUCACUUAUGGGCGUGUCGACCAGAUCUUGAAAAGCUACGAUGACACGCUGAACAUGGUUUCGGGACUUAAUUGCCGGACCUGGCUGCUCAGAGUCUUGCACAUGCUUGUUGGGGCAGGAAUAGUGCACCUUAAUAUCGAGGAGCUCGAGAAGGAGUGCUAUGACUUUGGCAAUGGAUUUAGUGUGGCGGCUUCCUGUGGUGUCCAGCCGAGGCCUGUGGUGAAGUCGAUGUUUGCGUGA